AUGAAGUAGUUAUAUUACCAAAAGCCAUAAUAGAUUGCAAAUGCAUAUAUAAUGUAUAUCUUGUAUUUGAUGUUGUAGAUGUCAUAUUUUAUUCAUCUGUAGAAGAAACUGAUUAUGGUGCCAUAUAUGCCAUAGAUGCCUUAUUUUGUUCAUUCAUAGAAAAGACUGAUUGUGGUAUAGUAUAUGCUAUAGAUAUCAUAUUUUGUUUAUCUGUAGAAGAGACCGAUCGUGUUGUAGUAUUAGUGUUAUUAAUCAAUUCCAAUUCAUAA